CGCUGCCAGCGCUGAGUGGACUUUUCCAGUGCGGUGGAUGUCAAAACAAAAAGGGAGACGAAAAAAGUGAACUCAUCAAUGGUGAAAAUUGUUCUGUUGUUCUCUUUUGCCAAAUAAAACGUAAAAAUUCUCCGUAAACUGUUUCGAAGGAAGUCCAAAUCGAAAAAGCGACGCAUGGAGUCAAACCUUGAGAAAGUGCUGAAUCCCAAUCGAAGUCUGUGCGGUCAGCUGUACAAAUACACCAAUGUCGUGAAGGGCUGGCAGUAUCGAUGGUUCACCGUGGACGCCCAGGCUGGCACGCUGAGCUACUAUUUGUGCGACACAUCGACAUUGAGUGACGACACGAAUCCCCACAACGUCGGGACGGCCGUGACGCCCAAGAACCAGACGCCCCGAGGACAGGUGCACCUGGCGUGUGCCGUCGUGUGCCCCAGCGUCGAGGAUUCGCGCACGUUCACAAUCAGCUGCGCGUCCGGCGACACGCUGAAGCUGCGCGCCUCGGACGCCCGCGCGCGCCAGGAGUGGGUGGACGGACUGCGUGCCAUCACGGAGAGCCACACGCUCGCGAUCGCCAACGAUUCGCUGCCGGCGCGCGAGCACCUGGCGGCGUCUGACGCAAUGGGGGCGGCGCGCCAGCAGCUGCAGGCCACGGAGCUGUGCAACGCUACGCUGGCGCGCACCAUCGAGGCCGUGUCGGCGCCACUCAACCACACGGACCCGGAUCUGCUCACGCUGAAGGCGCUGUCGGCCGCCAACACGCAAUGUCUGAUCCAGUGCCUCAACCUGCUGCAGCGCUACACGGAGAUCCAGGCGGACGCGCGCUCCGAGGCGGCCUUCUAGCCGCCGGCGCGCUGACCGGCCCCCCUCGAAUCGACGCCCCCUCUGUCCGGGCACACGGCUUCGCAGCGACGCACAAUCGCGCGGGACGAGCGCCCCCUCCCAGUCGCCCUCCGCUUGGCGUCCGGCGCAACGAGCAGUGUGCAAUUCCUUCUCAACACAUUUCCAUUUGAGUCUAAUAAAAGGUAUUGAUUUGCA